UCUUCUGUUCAUUGCUAUACGAAUGGAGAUCUUGGGAUCUCCAAUAAUUCUAAUUCUUAUUCCUUAAUCCUUAUUCUCAAUUCAGUUGUUUGUUGUAAAGAAUUUUAAACUAGAAAAAGAAGAAAUUAAAACCCCCCAAUGAAAUACCAAAUUAGAAAUUCUGAAAAUCAAAGAGAUUUAUAAAAUUGAAAAUAAGAAAAGUAUUGAACUAAUUAAUACGUCUAAGUUGGUUUUAUGAAAAACCAACAAAAUAGAUAAAUCUUUGGUUAAUUUGAUUAGAAAAAGGAAAGAAAAAACCAAUUACCAGCAUCAAAAGUGAAAAGUCAACUUAACCACUAAUGAUGAAUAAAUUUAAACAAGUUAUUUUGCCCAAUUGUAUGCCAACAAAUUUGACAUUCUAAUUGAAAUGGAUGAAUAUUUAUAAAAAUAUAAAUUGUCCAGAUUAAUAGAAGAGGAAAUAAAUCAUUGAAAUUUCCCAUUUUAGAAAAAGAAAUUAAGUAAGCCAUCAAUUAACUUCCUAAGAAGUCCCCUGUUUAAGAACUACUGACCACUCUAUAAGGUCAAAAUGAGUACAUGAUUUAGGCAUAAAGGAUGAUAUAUACUAUCAGCAAAUUGGGAAGAGCAAAGGAUAGUUUACCUGUCAGAUCUUUGGAGAAGGGAGGAAUUUAUGGUCAGAGAACCAAAAUACAUUAUGGAAAGCAAAAUGGACAACUUUGAUUACAUUAGUUUUUUUUGUUUUUGCACAAAUAAAACCAACAUAGCCAAGAUUAAAAAGAAAAGAGAAAGCUGGAGAAAAAUUUUUCUAGCUGCUGUUUCUAAUAAAGACCUCACUUUUUAAAAAUAACUAUUCUUCAAAAUUCAUGCAAAGUUAAUUUUUGACAUCCACCCUUACAAAACCUUGUUUUUCCAAUUUUUCUCCCUCCCUAGUAAUCUAGUAUAGAUUACUCCCUUGCUAGUAAUCCAGUAUAGGUUAAAUAUGUACAAUUCUUCUAAACAUAUUUCCACAUCAUGCUGCACAAGAGAAAUCAGAUCAAAAGGGAGAAAAGGAAAAAGAGCAAGCAAACUUUUAAAAAAAAGGUGAAAAUAUGUUGAGAUCCACAUUCAGGCCCCAUACUCUUCUCUGUGGAUGCAGAUGGUUCUCCAUCACAAGUCUAUUGGAAAUGAAGGCCUCAUUUCUAAAAUAUAUAAAGAACUGAGUCAAUUUUAUAAGAAUACAAGUCAUUCCCCUGAUAAAUGGACAAAGGAUAUGUACAAGCAAUUUUCAGAUGAAGAAAUUAAAACCAUCUAUAGUCAUGAAAAAAUGCUUUAAAACUAUUGACCAGAGAAAUGUAACUGAGAUUACUCAUGCCUUCCAGAUUGGGUAAUGAUGAGAAAAGAUAAGAUUGGAGGGGAUUGAAAACUGGAACACUAAUACAUUAUUGGUGGAGUUGUGAACUGAUUCAAACCAAUCUGUAGAGUAGUUUGGAACUAUGCCCAAAGGACUAUAAAACUGCACACCCUUUGAUCCAACAUUGUGUCUACUAGGCUUAUAUCCCAAAGAGAGCAUAAAAAAGAGAAAUGGACUCACAUAUCCAAAAAUGUUUGUAGUAGCUCUUUUGUGGUGGCAAAGAAUUGAAAAAUGAAUAGAUGUCCAUCAAUUGGGGAAUGGCUGAAUAAGUUAAGCUAUAUGAAAGUAAUGGAAUGUUAUUGUUUUAUAAAAAAUGAACAAGUUGAUUUUAGAAAGGCCUGGAAAGAUUUGCAUGAACUGAUGCUGAGCAAAACAAGCAAACCAGGAAAACAUUUUACACAGGAACAGCUAGAUUAUGCAAUGAUCAACUAUGACAGACUUGCUCAUACUCAGUGGUUCAGUGAUUCAAGGUAAUCCCAAUAAACUUUGGAUAGAAAAUAUCCAUUUUUUCCCCUCUCAUUUUUCCUUUCUGUUCUGAUUUUUCUCUCCCAACAUGAUUCAUAAGUAAAUAUAUUAAAUAAAGGAACAUUUACAACAAACAAAGAAUCCUAGACUGAAAAUCAGGAGAUCUGGCUUUGGUCCUAGCUGCUAUUAACUCACUAUGAAUAAACAUCUUCCCCUAUGGGUCUCAGUUUCCUCAUUUGUAAAGGGAAAAGUUCAAUGAGAUAAUUUCUAAGCUCAAUCUGUCAGUGGAGAGUCUGAGCUCCUAUUUAGGCCACACCCCUUGAGGGAACCCCAACAACUUUUACCAUGUUUCCCUGCCCUACAUCCAACCAUCUCAAGACCAGAAUUCUGUAGGGAAAUGCUUGACUAGGAUGUGGGAAGUCCCCCAGCCAAUUUCCAUCAUACCCUAGGAAGGGAAAGGAGUAAUGGUGAUUCCUUCUAUGAGGUCCUAGUCAUAUAGUGGACCAGAGUCCAGGAGAUGUGGCUUCAGUCUCAGCCCUGCCAGACUGGUCGUCUGAUCCUGUGGUCUCUGGGCCCCACCAAGUCUUUCUGUUCCAUCCUCCCACCCUCACGAUAAUCUCCACAAUCCUCUUAAGUCCCUAAGACCCUUAAUGCUUCCGCUGCCAUCCUUGGGGAUGAGUCACUCCAACAUUGCCAGUCUCUUGGGCACCAUGCCCCAUAUCCCCCUGUUAGACCCCCCUGCUGAAGGUCGGGAUGGUAGGGGGCUGGGGCUCUCGGCACCUGCUGGAAGAGGAGUUUGAGGACCAAACUAAGGAGCCGCCCCUGUUUGAGGACUAUCGACCACCUGCCCUAGAUGCUGUGCCCCUGCCCAAGUACGUGCUGUACCUGCUGCUUGCUGCCCUCGUGGUCAUAGCUGUGGCCUAUGCCAUUGUUGGGCACCUCAUCAAAGACCUCAUGCAUGACCUGGCUGAUUGGGCCUUUGGGCCGAAGCCAGACCAGCCAGAAUCAGUAAGGGAGCUUCCCAACAGCCUAGAAGGUGAAGACCUGGAGGAGCUGGAUCUAGAGUUGGCCCUGACCUGGCAAGGGGAAGAGCUGACUGUUUUCUCGGAUGAUGCCCCAACUGGGGACAAGGAGCUCUCGGAGUUCCCCUGCUGUUCUCCCCACACUGCUCCUAAACGCCCUUCCAUCAUCACCUUCCGAGAGCCAGGAUCCCAGCAAAGCCUAGAGUAGAGAGAACCAGGAAUGGAUGUCUCAGCAAAAGCAUGAGAUUGAUCACAGCUAAGGCUGCCACAAGGGCCCUGGAUCAUUUAGCACCACUCAGAAGGAGAAAAUAAGAGGAAAUCUCACUGAUACUGGAUUUUUGUGAGACCUCCUUUUAUAUUUCUAACAAGUAAUCUGGAGACUGAGUUUGUGAAAACUGAAUUCUGUUCCACCACUGGCCUGACAAAAACCAUAAUCUCAGCUGGAACGGACCUCAGAGACCAUCUAGUUCAAAGCUUCUUAAACUGUGGGUUGCUACCCCAGAUGGGGUCUUAUAACUGAAUGUGGGGGUCACAAAAUUAUGAUUCCUUAUCAAUAAAUGUUUAUUUGUAUACCUAUUUUAUAUACCUGUAUACAUGGGGUCACAAAAAUUUCUCAAACAAAAAGAUAUCACUGGUAGAAAAAAUUUAAGAAGUCUUGAAUUCUACAGCAGUGUUCCCCAAUCCACACUGGGCUGCAAAACAGUCCAGUAUCUCAGUUCUCUAUGCAAGUAGCUCAGCCCUUUGCAGCCUGAAUGGUGAGCUUCACCCACAGAGGAGGGAGCAGGCAGGAACAAGCUUAUCACACAGUGGGAAGGGAAGAGAAGGUUGAUGUUUUACAUGGAUGGAUUUUGUGGACUAGAAAAAAAUUUGCUAGAGGCAGAUGCUGAUGACUGGGAAACAAUGCCCUAAAGCAUUCCCAAGGGGUCAUCACUCUGUCUCUGCUUAUGGGGAAAGGAGGCUAUGCUUUCCAUUGCUAAACAACUAAUUUUUUUUUUUCUUUUUGGUUCAGACCUGUGAUUUCAUCAAUAAGGGGCACACAUUAUGGAAAUUCUAAUGGCAAUUGGCAGUGAAUUUGCACUUAAAAGUCUUAGGUACCUGGAAACAUUAAAACAGCAUGUAUUAGAAUUAGGUCUUGAUCUCACUACCCAUCACACUAUCUCUAUCCAUCACACUGUCACCCGCAGCUCUGAUUAUUAGGGAGUUUGUCCUCAUGCUGAACUGAAAUCUGCCUCCUGCUUACUUCUCCCCACUGUGUUGAGUUCUGUAUUCUAGAUCCAGGCUUAGAAAAUCAGUCCCCUUUAUAUGACAACCCCUCAAAGGUCUGAUGACUCAUAAAUCCCAAAGGAAAAAGCAUUGCCAAGGUGGAAAUCCCAUUCCCCAAAUCUGAAUGUCCUUCAGACCUUUUUCCCUGCUUCUUUUAGUCCCCAAUACUGCUCCAGCCUGUCUCCAACAGGCUGAGCAACAAAAGCCUAUGCUUUCAGUAGCUGGUAGAUAGGUUAGAAAUAGUUGCAUUUGGACAUGGGGAGGAUGGCAGGACAACUUUCAGCAUUCAAGAUUUUCUGGACUAGGAAUUAGGCGUCCUGAAUUCAAAUUCUGACUCUGGUAUUUGCUACUUGUGUCACUUUAGUCAAAUUUGUGCCUCAGUUUCUCCUUAUGCAAAAUAGAGUUGGACUCAGUAAUUUCUCAGGUUAUAUUUAGCUCUAAUCUUUUAAACCUGUUGUCUGCCUGGAUCUCUACUAUGCUUUCGAUUCAGUUCUCUGUACUGAAUUUUCUUAUCAUUUUGAGAAUGUGAUUUUUAUUCCCCCUGCCAGACCGAGAACUUCUUGAAAUGGUGUCUCCUCUUGCCUCAACUAUAGAAUAGUCAAGCAUAGGGCCCAGAACAGCAUAGUCAAGACUUACUAAACUGAUGGAGAUCGAGGGAUUUGGACCACUGGGCUGCUAGCCUGAGGACUAGCAGCUACUAGUUCCAUCUCUACUACUAUAAGCUUUGUAAUCUUUAGCAAAUGCUUUGUUCUUUCUGGACCUCAGUUUGUUUUUGACAGGAAAAUCAAAUGAAGUUUCUAUAACUCGGGAGACAGCAUGGUUUUUUCAAAGUGAAUUGAAUGGACUUUGAGUUAGAAAACCUUAGGAUUGCCUCCUGACUGCUACACCAUAUAAAAGGAAGCAAAUUGACUUCACCUUUCUGAGCGUAAAUUUCUAUAAAAUGGGGACAGUAAUAUCUGAACUAUCUACCUCAAAAUGUGGUUGUGAGAAAAAAUGCAUUGUAAAAUAGAAAUGUGAGUUCUUAGAUAAGCUAAUGGGUGUAAAGUACUUUGGACAGUAUAAAACAGUCCCGAUUUGUGUUGUUCCUCCCAAUCACCCAGGAAACAACUGCACUAGUUCUCUCUCUCCAUAAUCUGUCCACCCCUGGGCCUCAGUGGUUCUCUGCUUUGGAAGGAAUGUAUAUGUGUUAGGGGAUGGGCUAGAGGGGGUAGGAGGCCUGUGGAUAGGGGAAAGGCAAGAGAAGGAAGAUAGAAGUUGAUUACUUUGUACUUUGACCUUGAAGCCACGUGCCAGGGCUAUGGCUUUUCUCAUGGAAACUGGGAUAGAGUCCACCUUCACCUAGGGAAGGGCUAGUUAAUGGGCUAAUGGAUGACUCAUAUUAUAAUAAGAUUUUGAACUGAGAAAGACUUCCAAGAUCACUUGGUACAAUUCCCUCUUCCACAGAACAAAACUGAGAUUGAAAAAGGUUAAGUGAUUUGCCCUGUGUCAUUCAGCGAAUAACACAACCCAAAUUCAAAACAAAGAUUUGCUCUGCCAUUGAUUUUCUAUAUAGCUAUGGGAAAUCAAGUUCCCUCUCUGAGUUUCAGAUUGUUCUUGAUCCUCUGAUCUCUUAGGUCCUUAUAAUGAUCUGUGACUCCAGUACUGACUCAUCCCUCCUUCCUCAGUGGGGCAGCAUUGUAUGGGAUCUGGUCCCUGAGAGGACACCUUUUAUAAGAUUGAGAUUAUAUUCCUUGCUGCUCCAAUGGACUCUGCUCCCUAUUUUGUUGUUUUCUUGGCGCAGGGGCACAUUUAACCUAAUUCCCCACCUUCCAGCUCACAGUCGGGGCUUCUGUGGAGGCACAGUCAGUCUCCACAGUGAUAUCCUAAUAGUUGACAAUAGCAUUUACCUUAAUAACAUUUAUGCUCUCUUUUGCUAUAGUUGUAGAGGGGAGACUGAGGCUCAAUCCUUGACUGAAAAAAUGGCUGUGAGGGGCUCCAUCCAUUGGCCUUAGUGAACAAGGUCUCAUUAAGAUUUGAGCUUCCCCAUAGCUCAGUCUAAGCUGAUGAACUGUUUGCACCCAGAAGGUUCCUAAAUCUAAGGAUUAGGAGAAGAAUCUCUUUUUGAGGACUGGAACUCUCUCAUUACCAGAGACCAUGACCUAUUCUGAUCAUAGAUACUGAGGCUUUGUUGAUCUCAAUUACUCUAAGUUCCUGGCAGGGGCUCCCCAAAUUGUCCCUUUUUGCCCUGUGGUGAAGCCAUCCAUGUUUUCUUUAAGGACCAGUUGUGCUUAAUGUUGAGUAGAGAUAAUGGAUUCUUACUUCCUGAGAAUGGGACCCAGUUAAUUGUUACCUAAGUCCAGAGUCUCUCUCCAGUUAACCCUUUGUGUUUGGGUGGAGGAUGGCCCUCAAGGACUGGAGCUCCUAGGAGUGGCCUGACAAAGCCCCUCCAACGUGAGAAGGACCAACAGGAUGCUUGGGAUGUGGUCGAAUAAGAAUAAAGAGUUUCGUUCUUUGGUUAUCCUGGAGCCCAGUCACCUAAGAUCAAGGCCACAGAGGGUUAAAAGGGAAGAAAGGUGUGGUCCCUG